AUUUAAUAAUCAUAUGUACGUAUACAUCUUAGAGCAUCGUACGAUGGUAUGAAGCAUCAACGCCCGCAUAUCGAGGCGAUCAGUACGAGGGAGAAAGAAUAACCGAAAAAAUCCUGACAGAGUAGCGCGUUCAGGCCGCCUAAGGUGAGGCUCGCUCUUGCGUUCCUCACCGGCGGCGCCAGGUGUUUACGGCUACGGAAUAUGCGAGCGAGCGAGCGAGUACGAGCGGGUUCAAGUACGAACGAGGAAGAAGGAGCGAGCGUGCGGUGUGCGCGUAAAAUAGCCGCAUUGAAUUGCACUGAAUCAACAGGUAGAUCGGCGGGUCGGUAUGCGUGGGAUGACGUCGUACGCGCGAUCUCUCGUAGUGUCGAGAUUCGCCGCGGGUCCCUUCGAAAGAUGCAGCGUGCAAACGAGCGCCGCAACGAAACGCCACGACGAGGUCGACGACGAGUCUUAGAGAAUAGCGUACGACGACUGGGAUCGGCCGAACGGCAGGGGAAAGCGGUGCUCCAGGUGGAAACGCGCGUUCCCUAAACUGUGUGCUGGGGUGACGGACGCGCACGGUCGGAUUCCGCGCAUACCAACGCCGCUGAUCCAGCUUCCCCGCAAGCGGCGCGGCGGCGGCGUCCGGAUCGGCAGAGUGAUUUUUGUGAUCGCCGCUCUCGUCAAUGACACGCGCGGAAUGCGCUGAGCGAGCGCGCGAUCCCACGCUGCGCUAUACGCGCCGACAUUGUUGCGCGUUCGCCUCGUUGUGCUGAACUUUAAAAAUCGUUCGGACGCGUCUCGAUGUGAGUGAAAUAGAAAUGUGCAUUUUGAAUGCGGCGCAGGGCAAAUACGGAUCUCGUAAUGUCGUGAAAGCGACGUUAAUUUGACCCCGGUGCCUAACGGAUAAAAAAAUCCGUUUGUGAUACCGAACAUUGUCCCUUAUUUUUAAUCAACUUUGCGUUUUUUGUUCAUCACUUCUCCAACAUGAAAAGUGCAUUAAUUGAAAAAGGAGUAGAGAGAACAUUGAUAAAAGUAAAAUAAAAAGAUUGCUAGACAUUCCAAAUGGGCAAUAAAAGCCCAUUAUGGCCCAGUGUCAUCAACCACAACAUCAACAUGAAUUUUUACCCCUGUGUGAUGUAUUAUUUAAUAUUAUGUCGUUAGCAUCUUACUUCUGCGAUGUUGUUUUUGAUUUUGCAAUGGUGUAUGCCCUGGCCCAUCAAGCGAUAGCACCGCCGGUGUUAUUCCCAUUAAGCAUCACUCUUAUUGCCACUUCUCUCUUAAUUUCCCAGAUUGUUAGUUUGCGAUGGUAUCUCUGGGGAGCUAGAGGUAAACUAGCAAACAACAACGUAGCAGGUGAUAGCAAUGCGAAUCCAGUCAAGAAAAUUAGCAACUGGACCGUAGGCUGUGUUCUAUUACUCCAUUCCACUCAAGUCGGUGUACUAUGGAGAUAUUUCAAGUUAUUUAUCCCAGUCAAUUUAACUUAUGUGAAGCACGAGCUGAGAGAGCUCUGCGUAUUACGGCUGAUACACGCGUUCUGUGAAGCCGCUCCAAUGCUACUUCUACAACUGUAUAUCCUGUUUGGCGCUACCGACGGCGAUGAAAUAGAAGUUGGAAAACCAAAGGAAAGUGAUGGCAAGGACGGCGGUAAAUUUGCGGAGUUGACACUAGUGUCAGCGGUAUUCUCCUUGUGGAGUGUAUGUUGGGCGGUGGCUAGUUUCAGCAAAGGCGCAGCGCGUCUACGCAAUCUAGAACGUUUAGUAUUAACAUGGUUGGGGGUGCUGACGCAAUUAUUCUGGCGUCUGGGGACAGUGAGUGCUCGUGUCGGGGCACUAGUCGUGUACGCUUCGCUGUACGGUGGACAGUGGCUGUUGGUCGUAAUGGCCCUACACUGGUUGUCUAUGUUGACAUGGUUAUUGCUCACGCCAGAUGGACUCUUUCACGGCGGAGAGCGUCUGCCUCUUCUCAGAAAGACUUAUCUCGCUUCCCUUCUCGCCUAUGUAUAUAUAUUCGCGUAUGUCAAUCUACACGAGACGAAUCAUCGUCAAAAAAUGGUAAUAUUUUACACCGUAAUGUUCUUGGAAAAUAGUUUACUCAUCGGCGUAUGGAUAGCCGGUGUUAAUCGCGCCGAUUUUUUACCGCAUCAGCAUCAUCUACAUCCGGUUACUCUAGUACUUAUUCUCCUAGCUUUAUUUUUCGGCGGCAUGUUUUUCAUGGGCCUUUAUUACAGAUUCUUCCACGUGAGAAGACUGAGGUAUGAGGCUGGUGGAAGAAUGACGGGGUCAAAUCUCACCACAUUGUCCCAUCAGGACAAUGCGGAAGAAAAGCAAAUAGAUUAUAACGAAGGAAAGAAGGUGAACAUUAGCAUCGGUAUGAGGAAAGUUAAAUUAAGCAAUGGUGGCAUACCAGGUGUAUUUAACUGCCGUUUCGCGAAUCCAACGGCUGUGAAUCCGAAUCGCAAGAAGAAGAAACCGACGUCCUUCGUGCCGCCGCCGCCGCCGCAAUCGGGCACGGUGAUGAAUUCAGUGGCAGCGGUGGGAGACUCAAAACAGUGGCUCAACGUGGGCAAUGGGUCGCGGCAAUUGAUUCCAUUCUGGAAAAAGCCCAUAUCCUGUUCUAACAUAGUGCAGAACGAUGUUUCCAACGAGCAGAGAGAUGAGAAUGACAUAGCGAUCGGUGGCUCGUUAAAUGUCACGUUAAUACGAGAGAAAUUGAAGGAGAAGAAACAGCAGCAGCUGCGCGAAUUGCGAGCCAUACAGGAGGAGAUCAAGGAGGGUAAAUUGUUCCCACCUCCGUCCGCGUCCACGUCUUCCUUCUCAUCCUCUCCCUCCGCAUCGAAUCAACAACCACCGCCGAACACGAAACUGCACACUUCCCCGAGCUCCCCGUUGUUCACGUCACCGCCGUCAUUCUCCGAGCAAAAUGGCGGCAAUGCAUUGUCAUCUUGGCCGCCUGUGAAAAUGCACUGCCUUUUGCCCCCGCCGCCUUCCUCCCCGUACUAUCACAAUCCGCAUCCCUCGAAUCUCUGGAGAUCGGCGCCCCAGCGGGAGCGAGCGGACACGCCGGAAAUAUUACUAGCACCACGAUGUCUCCCGCAUCAUUAUUCUCACUGGUGUCCGCCUGGUCAUCUUAAUCACAGAUUGCACGCGAAUCAAAACGGUGCUGAGGAAAGUUCCAAGGGCGAGGGUGAAGGAGAAGCGGGUGUCAGCGACAUGGAAGGUAGCCAAGUCUCGUUACCUAGAAGCUACACGCUUCCCCGCGAGUUCAAGUAUAAUCAUCCCAACAGCACCGGGAGAGAACGAGAGCGUCGCGCGGGAAAUAAGAUGCCAGCCUCGCGCUUUUAUUUACCGUCCACCAAUAGUUCUGACGGCGAUGUAGAUAGUGCUGACAACGAAGACGAGACAGAUUCGGAGGUUCAAAUUCGAACGAAGGUCAACUACGGUCAUAAUCAUGAUGAAACCUUGCAGAGGUGUCACACGUACGAGAAUAACGAAAGAAACACCACCAAUCCUAAUCUGGAGUGUUGCGCGUCUAACGUUACGUCCAACAAUUGUUAUCCAAAUAAUUCCCACGGCAUUCUACGACCGAAUCAGUUACUUCGAACUAGAGUGAAACACGAAACGAAACUUUAAGUUGUAUAAUAACGCGUAAUUUUAAAUUUUAUGCUAUGCAUAUUCAGUGUACGAAAAUCUUUUUGUAAAGCAAUUCUUUUACUUAAAUGUUGACAGUAUAAAGCUGUUGACCUCGCAAAAUGACGGUAUAUAUUUAAUUGAUAGUAUAUAAUAUGCAUAUAUACAAGAGUAUAUUUAAAAAUAUUUGCGCGCAAGAAUAUUAGCGCACGUUAUUUGCAGUAUGAUACAAUUUAAUUUAAUGCUUUUAUUUUAUCAUAAUGUUUUGCGAGUGUGAGAAUAUUUUAUUGCAAUUUUUGU